UUCUUCUUUCCAACCACAGUAAAAUUCCCGUGUGUUAUGAACCAAGACUUUUUAUCAGUCUGAAUUUGGAAAUCCUACAGUAUUUGAACUUGCUCAUUUUCCUUUUUUUCUUCUUCCAAGUCUAUGUCUCCACCCAGUUUUCAUUACGGGCACACGAUAAUUUUUGCAGAUGUUCCAGUAUGGAUGACCGUAUGAUGUCUUUGUUUAUCAUCAGUUUGUGCAAUCAUCUUGCAGGAUGGACUGUUUCUUCUGCUUUUUUUUUGCACAAUCCGAACUUUGAAUCAUCCGAUGAUUUUUUCCCCCCCAGUUCUGGCCUUGAGCGUGUUAUUACUUUAAUAACAUUACAUUCUCUUUAAAUGGUAGUGUGGUGGAAGGAGGCGCUUGUUAUCCUUCAGUUUUCAGUACAACCAGGUCAAUGUCUACAUUUACUUUAUCACUGUGGAAUUAUUUUUUAUUAUCAUGACAAAGCACAGCUCGGUUGCCCUAGUGCCCCAGUUUCUUGCCACACCCGCUGGGGCCUUGUGUGUGUGUGUGUGUGUGUGUGUGUGUGUUCCCAGCUCUUUGUCCCUUCCAUCUCCCUGAGUGAUGAGGGAUUCCUUCACCUCGUGUUGUGACUUUCCCCUGCAGUUCAUUGGCUUUCAGGCAUCGCCCGGGCAACGAGAGAACACCAAACCGAAGAGGCUGGUCCGUUUCUUUACAGCAGAGAUCAGCUUGCUCAUUGGCUAGGAGCGUUGCCUAUAGCAACGGGAAGACGCUGAUCGGAGCUGCUUUUGUGGCAGGCGAGCAUCCUCCUCGAGGCCUUGGAGGGAGCCGGGGAAUUUCCUGGCCUGGCAAAGCUGCCACCAUGUCUCAGCCUGCCGUGCUUCUCACCCAGGAGCCUGCUCCGCAGAGCAUCCCUGUUUCUGAGCUACCCAUGAAGGUUUACGAGCCGGCUCUGAAUACCGGUCCCGAUUCAUCCAGCGGCUUGGCCACGGCUGGCUUCCGCACCGCCAAGUUCCUGCCCGAAGAAUGGCACCAGAACAACUACACCCGGUACCACGAGGCCUUCGCUGACCGCGAUCACUCCGAGCGCUGCCGCCAUGAGUCCCAGAACCUGGCCAAUUAUACGGCCGAGUUGGCCCAGCGCACCCAGGAGGACUCCACGGCUAAAGUGGGCCAGAGGCUCCAGGACAUCCACUUCUGGAAGUCGGAGCUCCAGAGGGAGAUUGAGGACCUGGUGGCUGAGACUGACCAGCUGGCAGCUCAGAAGCUGCGGCUGGAGCGAGCCAUCGAUGCCACGGAGGUCCCCUACAGCAUCGCCACCGACAACCUGCAGUGCCGGGAGCGCCGACAGCAUCCUGACCUGGUGAGGGACCAGGUGGAGCUAGAGCUGCUCAAGGAGACCGAGCUCAUCCGAAAUAUCCAAGAGCUCCUGAAAAGAACAGUGAAGCAAGCGGUUAACCAGAUGCAGUUGAAUCGAGACCACAAGCAAAUCUGCGAGAUGGAUUGGUCGGACAAGGUGGAAACCUACAACAUCGAUGAGAAAUGUGGGCGGUACAGCAACCAGAGCACCAACAUUCAGUUCCAUCCCAGCUCCUCCAAGUUUGAGGACAGUGCUUCCACCCCAGAGACGUGGGCCAAGCACAGCCAUGACAACAUCUACAGGGCUGAGCGAGAAAGGCUGGCUUCUGUCAACCUCCGUGCCCUGGUUGACAACAUCCUCCACGACACAGCCGAGGAUCUGCGCAUGCAGUUUGACGUGGUGAACCAGGCCUUUGCCAAGCGCUGUGAGGAGCUGGAAGAUGCCAAGCACAAGAUGGAGCACAGUUUACAAAAAACCCUGCAGGAGAUCGGGCACCAAGAGCACAACAUUGAGGCACUGAAACAAGCGAUUAAGGAUAAAGAAACACCCCUCAAAGUAGCCCAAACAAGGCUGUAUGAUCGCUCCUUCAGGCCCAACGUGGAUCUCUGCAGAGACACUGCGCAGUUCAGGCUCGUCAGCGAAGUGGAAGAACUGACUGAAUCCAUCGACUCCCUCAAAAAGAAGCUUCUGGAAUCCGAGCAAAGCCUCCGGAAUCUGGAAGACAGCCGGAUGCACCUGGAGAAGGAGAUCGCCGUGAAAACCAAUAGCCUUUUUAUCGACCGGCAGAAAUGCAUGGCCCAUCGUACCAAAUACCCAACUAUCCUGAAACUGGCAGGCUAUCAGUAAGGGGUUGUCACUGGAAGUGAAGUGAGGAACCAGUUUUGGUCUCCGAAAGCUCUACUUUCCUAAAAACGUUGUUCGUGGCUUGAAGGUGCCAUUCUGUAGUCUUGUAAAUGUUUAACCCUUCUGGGAUAAAUUAAAAUAUAGAAUUGUUGU